UCGUGUUAGGUCAGGUUAGCUUGGGUUGUGUUAGGUUAGGUUAGGUUUGAUAAGGUUAGGCUCUUUAGUUUCAAAACGUAGCACUGCCAACUAAUCGGUGGAGAAUAACGUUUACCCGACGAAGUAGGACUGACUCCAGGAGACAGACAGACCGACCGACUGUCUGACGGUCGUGCUUGCGUGCCAAACGUCCCAAGCGUCCCAAGCCCUCCAUUCAGUCCAUUCAUUCAUCCUCGGUCGGUCGGUUGAGGCAGGCGGGAGAGAGCCGUCGUUGAGCGUGGUCCCCCUCCAUUGCAUCCUUCUUGUGGCCUUCUUAGCUAGUCAGUCGUGGGCCGGAACCGCCGGAACCGCCGGAACCCGUCUCACCCAUCAACUACGGCCGGAUUAGGCCAUCAACCCGGUCCAAGCCACAGCUCACCCAGCUUUGGGUUUCGGUGGGGGGGAUAGGCCCGUCGUAGGCCCGAGUGGCCGGCCAGCCCGUGGACCCGUGAAUCCGUGCCUGGGUGGCUCAUGUUGGGCGCCUUUAACGAGUCGGGGUCAUCCCCGGGCUCGUCGUUGCGCGAGUCUUCGGCCGCCGGCUCGAGUAGCAGUCCUGGCCGUAGUAGCAGCCCGCUGGGGCCGCGCCACCCACCCACCCAUCGGGCCACGGAUCCGCCCCUCGCCCGCCAUUGGCGAACUUGGGCCGAGCUGCGAAACGCGGUGCGCGAUGCUCGCCGGGCCUUCGUCCGCCCGCCCGCCUCCUAUUCGACCUUGCGCACGCCCACCGGCUUCACCUUUCGUCGCUGGGCGGCCGAUGGCGGUGGGCGGCGUCACGGACGCACCCGCCUCUAUUUCGUGGCCUCGCUCGUGCCGGCCAAGGAAAGUACCUUGUUGUACGUGGAUCUGGACGACGGCCGCCCCUCGGCCGAAACCGCCCCCCUGACGUGGCACCCGCUCAUCGAAUCCACGUUCCGCCUCCUGCCCAUGCCCGGGCAGAUCAGUAAGGAGGAGCAGUUGUUGCUGGAACGCAAACGCUCGGUCAGUUGGGGUCUGACGCAGUACGAAGUCCACGUGGAAUCGGGGCGGUUCGUGUUUCCCGCCGCUGGUUCCUUGUAUGGUUGCCUGGAUCCGGGUGGGUCCAGUAGUUCGGGCCGUGUUUCGCCCAAUGUGCCGCUCUAUCCCUACGAGAUCAAGUCCUUUCAUUUGCAUUCGCGCUUGAACCCGGUCCUAAGUCCUACCCAUCCCGACUGGGUGGCCUUUGUCGGCCAAGGCGAUCUCUACGUGGGUCACCCGCCCUCGGGCUUGGAAUGUCGCCUGACGCACGUCCAUUUAGGCCGGUCGGCCUUGGCCGAGGACCCCUUGACCGUGGGCUUGCCGUCCUACGUCAUGCAAGAGGAGUUCAACCGCUACACCGGCUUUUGGUGGCGACCCUUCUCGCACAAUCAUACCUUUUGGAUCCUCUACGAAGAGGUCGACGAAUCGGAGGUGGACCUUCUGCGAUUCGCUCAAUCGCACUCGCCUGAGGUCGAAGAAUUCCGCUUCCCGCGACCCGGCACGAAUAAUGCCAAAUCCACGCUCCGCAUUGUUCAGUUCACCGUCGCCACCAGUAAAACCACGGGUAGCACCGUCAUCGAGGAUGUGGUUCACUUGAGUUUGAAAGACGACUUGCAAGAGAGCUUUCCUUACCUGGAAUAUAUCGUCCGGGCUGGCUGGACACCCAAUGGCGAUAACAUCUGGGUUCAGUUACUAAACCGCAAGCAACAACUCCUGGAAUUGGUGGCCAUCAGUUUCGAUUCAUUUGGUCCGGUGAAUUUACAGCCCCACCCCAAACGCCGACGCAGCUCGCCUCCGAGCCCGUCACCCAAUGGCGUGCGAGGCGGGGACAGUUGGCGUGGUCCCUCAAACGGUGUCACACCCACCGAAAUGUAUCCGCCUCACCCGACAUCCCAACUCCCCAUCAAGUUCCAAGUGCUUUACACGCGGAGGUCUGACACGUGGAUAUUGGUCAACGAUAUCCUCACGUUUUUACCCAGCCGUUACCCAUCCAACGCGAUGUCCUCGGAGGAAAUUGAAUUUAUCAUGGCUUCGGAGGAGGCCAAUUUCACUCAUCUAUAUCAUGUGGUGGCCUCGUUGAAGCAUUCGAAUCAAUCCGGAUCUUCGGCGCGCUCCACCGACGACGAAAAAUGCUUGCGACCAAGCAUCAUCAGUAAAGUGCCUUUGACCAGUGGGAAUUGGUGUGUCGUGGAUAAGCAGAUUUGGGUGGAUCACAAGCACGAUCUAGUCUACUUUAUGGGUUUGAAAGACACGCCCCUGGAGAAACACUUGUACGUAGUGUCUCUUUACCAACCCGGUCACAUUCGUCGCCUGACUACGCCCAACUUUUCACAUUCCGUCACGAUGUCGGGGGACUGCUCUUUGUUUGUGACGGUGUUCAGCAGUAUUGAGUCAGUCCCUGCGUGUCAGGUGUUUCGCAUCUCCCACGGGGAUUCCAGCGUUGAGAGCAUCAGCCUCAAUCCCAUGGGAUGGAUCCUUCAGCCGAAGAGCCUUGACUGUGAUUACCAAUGUCCUGAGAUCUUUAGUCACGAGAUAUCCUCGGGUGACUUGAUCUACGGCAUGAUCUUCAAGCCUUAUACAAUAAAGCCCGGUGUGCGCUAUCCAGUGAUUCUCAAUAUUUACGGUGGGCCUGAAGUCCAGCUAGUCACCAAUACUUUCAAGGGUAUGCGACAAAUGCGCAAUCACUUGUUAGCUUCGCAAGGCUAUUGUGUGAUAUGUAUUGACUCUCGUGGCUCCUGGAACCGAGGUUCAUCCUUCGCCGGCCAUCUACGACUACGAAUGGGACAAGUGGAGCUGUCUGACCAAGUGGAAGUGCUCAAAUGGGUCCUGGAAAACAGCAGCUACAUGGACAUGACCCGCGUGGCCAUCCAUGGGUGGUCGUAUGGCGGCUACCUCUCGCUCAUGGGACUCAUACAAUACCCCAAACUGUUCAAGGUGUCCAUUGCCGGAGCUCCCGUGACCACGUGGAUGAAUUACGACACGGGUUACACGGAGCGAUACAUGGAUCUGCCUGCCUCGAAUCCAGAUGGCUACAAACUCGGAUCAGUGUUGAAUCAUGCCAGCGAAUUCCCUAACGAGCCCAACCGAUUAUUGAUUGUUCACGGUCUUAUGGACGAAAAUGUCCACUUUGCCCACCACACCUCACAAUUGGUCACUCAACUUGUCCGAUUUGGAAAACCCUACGACCUUAAGGUUUAUCCUUGCGAGCGUCACAGUUUAAGGCAUCUGGAAUCUAGUGAACACUACGAGACGACAUUGUUGAACUUUCUUCAAGACAAUCUGUGAUCGAUUUCCGUCGACUUGGCUGGCAGUGUUUUCCUCACAUACUUAUCCUACCUACAAUCUAUCCCGUCGGUCUUCGCAAUCUGCCAAAUUGACACACCAAUCUUCAACAGAAUAUAAUACUCUAUUCACCUUGA